ACACUCUUUUCCCAAAAAGUUCAACAUUUUGCUCCGCUAGUAGCUUCUCUAAGGUGCCCCCCAGAAACCCUAGAGAUCAACUCCAAGAUCGAAUGGCGCCGAAGAAAGAGAAGGCUCCUCCUCCGUCCUCGAAGCCCGCUAAGUCCGGCGGAGGCAAGCAGAAGAAGAAGAAAUGGAGUAAGGGUAAGCAAAAGGAGAAGGUGAACAACAUGGUUCUGUUCGAUCAGGCGACUUAUGACAAGCUUCUUACUGAAGCUCCCAAGUUCAAGCUUGUCACACCAUCCAUCUUGUCUGAUCGGUUGAGGAUUAGUGGAUCUCUAGCACGCAGAGCAAUUAAGGAUUUGAUGGCCAGGGGUGCCAUCAGGAUGAUCUCUUCUCAUGCCAGUCAGCAGAUCUACACUAGGGCCACUAAUACCUAAUUGACAGGAAUUUUCCCUGUGCAAGUUAUGGAAAGCUAGUUCCCUUUUUGCUAGACUUUUUCAAGUUUUGUUGAAUGGAAUAUUUGAUUGACAUUGGUAGUUGAACGUUUAAUUUCUUGUGUUUUGAUGAAUCAUGUACUUGAUUGGUAGUC